AGGCCAUUCCUUACACUCAGUGGCACCUCGCGCUACAUACCUGCUGACAAUUCCAUUCAUCUCUCCUAAACGAAUCAAACAUGCUGAACAUGGAAGUACUAUUAAUGUUAUUGUGAUAGAAGGAGACAAGGUAGAGUAGACCGAUAUAGCAUGCUUAACCAACGCUUUAACAGGUUUCUACUUCACCUCGACACAGCCUGACCUGCCACGGUCCAGCGCUACAAGGAUCUCCAUCACAAUGGCGAGUUAACGCCCUACCCCUAGCAUGUGGGAAACUAGGCUUACCAUAUUAGUGGGGAGACGGCAGUGGCUACGCUGAGCCUCCUCCACCCGGUGCCUCACAAGUGAAUCUCAGUUACAUAUACAGGCCACAUAGCUUGAAUAAAAUAGCAACUCACCAGGCAAUGGACGAAGAACUGUACAAGGAGCGGAGUAUGCAUAGUUAUACCGACUUACAAGUAACGGAUUUUACCCAUAUAUUCAAUUCACCUCCAUGCCACUUUGGGCCAAUACCAAUGUUAUACUCAGUCUUGUCAAUCGUCACAAAACAAAAGGCCGUUAUUACGACUUGAAGGGUUACAUAGACAUCUUCCUCAAAGAGCAGCUGCAGAAACCGCGUGAAACCCCGCACGUACUGCACGUUCUGAAGCAAUGGAUUGAAGAUGCACAGUUUCUUGAAGCCUUUACGAGCAAACUAGACUCUUGCGCAGUUGAAAUUGCAGUGUGGCAUGCUCAGGCUCACCCCCAGUCAAAGAAACAACAGCCAACGUACUCACCAUGUCAGGACCUGCAAGCAUGGAUCUUUAUACAAGACGCCAGGUUUCACGAG